UCAGGCUGAGUCGUACGACAGAGGAAGUUUGUGUUUGUGUGGGUAAACAGCAUGGCUGUUUCAUAGUUAAAUAUGAACUGUUAGUUAUUUUUCAAUCAUUCUAGAGACACGUCAGUAAGUCUACUUCCGCAAAUGAAGACUCUAGUUGUUGGAGUUGGUGGUGUGACCAAUGGAGGAAAAUCUACCCUUUCUCAAUUUCUUCACCUGAAGGUACGCAACAGCUGCAUCGUUACUCAGGAUUCGCAUUUUAAGGAUGACCAUGUGGUGCCAGUGGACAGUAACGGCUUCAAGGAAUAUGACACGCUUGAUGCUCUUCACAUGGACAAGAUGAUGAUAGAGGUUUACUCUUGGAGAAGAGAUCCGCCUUCUUUCUUGAGGCAGCGUGGCCUGAUGCCCGAAGAUUCACCAGUUGAUAAUGAAGUUUAUGUUCUCAUAGUGGAAGGUUUCCUCAUUUUCAACCACAGGCCUUUAAAUGAGCUGUUUGACAGAAGAUAUUUUUUGGAAGUCCCUUAUGAUACCUGUAAGAAGAGACGAAGUUCCAGGGUGUAUUCGCCUCCCGACCCUCCAGGCUACUUUGAUGGAUACGUGUGGCCAAUGUACCUUAAAAACCGCAGAGAGAUGGAGGGCAUGACCUCAGACAUUGGUGUUUUAACUCAAAUAGUCUCAGACGAUGUCAUGAAACCUUUUGGGAGGACGUACAUACCUGACUCUUACGUGAACUACAUUGAGUCAGGGGGAAGCAGGGUGAUGCCAAUCAGAUUGACUCUUUCUACUGCUGAGUAUAAAAGCAUCUUUAAGAAAAUAAAUGGCCUGUUUUUCAUCGGUGGAGUUGCAGAUUUGAAGACGUCAGACUUCGCCAGGGUGGCAAAGAUUUUCUAUAAACUUGCUCUGACAGCCAAUGAUGCUGGGGAUUUCUUUCCCAUCUGGGGCACGUGCAUGGGCAUGCAGCUGCUCACUGUGCUGGUGGCUGGUGAAAAUCUGCUCACACAAACUACUGCUGAGAAUGUGGCUUUGCCCCUCAACCUAACCACAGAGGCCCACUCCAGUAGGAUGUUUCAGGGUUUUCCUAAAGAGCUCAUAAAGGCUUUGACAGAAGAACCUCUGACUGGAAAUUUUCACAAUUUUGGCGUGACAGUAAAGACUUUCCAGGAAAGCGAGAAGCUGAGCAGUUUCUUCUCCUUACUGUCCACAAACAUCGCUGAAAAUGGAGCUCACUUCGUCUCCACCAUUGAAGGUAAAAGGUAUCCAUUCUACGGAGUGCAGUGGCACCCAGAGGUGAACCGCUUUCAGUGGGACAGAAAGCUGAACUUUCCUCACUCCAGUCAUGCCGUUCAGUUGUCGUCGCUGCUGGCUGAGUUUUUCAUCAAUGAAGGACGGAGGAGCUUGCAUCAUUUUGACAGUCCUGAUGAAGAAGAUUUCUCAUUAAUCUACAAGUUCACUCCUGUCUACACUGCAAACUUUACUGCCUACGAGGAGAUUUAUUUCUUCUGAGUUUUUGGAAUAGCUGUCAGAGGAUGCCAGAGGUCUCUGUGUUUGCAGUGAAUGGAAGUUUAUUUCUUUUUUCUUUUUAAAUAUAAAGAUUUGGCUUAAGUUUGAAUGAAAAUUUUAAACAAUUAUAUUUGGAAAUCCCAUGCCAGGAUAAAAAUAAAUGGGGUUGAUACCGUAGGCUUAUUGAGAAGGGAUAGGAUUCAAAAAGUACACAAUUUUUGCCCAUUCCCAUUUAAACUACACCAACAACGUUGAGGCUAUAUAUUGUUGCAUAUUUUGCUUUGUUCUGGAGUUUUUCACCUCCUUUCUUUACCCUCCACCCCAAUAACUUUGUAUAUAUGUUCAAAAUAAAGUAAAACGAUGUACGGAUAUACAUAAAAGUUAUUUUUUUUGUCUCUGAAUUUACAAUGCUUUUACAGUAUUUGGCCCUAUCACAAAUGUAUUUUUGUCACACUUUAAUAUUUCAGAUCAUCACACAAAUCACAAUACCAAAUAGAAUCAGUAUAAAUACAAUAAGCUGUUUUAAAAUGUUGAUUUUAUUAAUUAAAGGAGAAGAAGCAAUCCCUAUCGUGCUAGCUCUAUGUGAAGAAACUCAUUGCCUCCUUGUAUAUUCAUGAAUUGGAUGGAGAAAACACGGAACAGUGAUUUAGCUUCCCAACAAAAUUACUCAAAGACUGCAACUCAGUAUCAUCUAGGCGGUCACAAAAGAAGCCAAAACAUCUAAAGCCUGCAAAGGCGGCAAAACCAAUUAUUAAGUCUAGAGGGCAACUAUUUUAAAUGAGAAUAUUUAAAUGAGAGCGAAAAAUAUUGUUUUAUUCUCUUACAAGGUGACAAUUAAACAGUCUGAUUAUUUUGUGAUUUUUUUUUUAUGUUUGAGAGAAGAUCUUGAGCAUCUUAUCUUUUCCAAUCUUUUAAAACUGGGAGCGUUUUUCCUAGUGUUUCCAGUAGCAGACUCAUUUCUAUGCAACAGGAGCAAAUGAUGGAAAUUAGCACUAAGCAGGGAGUCCAACAUAACAAGUCCACAUGAAUUAAAGGUUAAAAUAUUUAAGACUUUUGGAUGUUUGGACAUUAAGAGGCUGCAAAAAAUUAAAUAAUAUUGGGCCUGUUAUGGAGUAAAAAAAUAUUUAUUAGCUUUAUAAAGCAAUUAUCAAUUAAUUUUUUAUUUCUUUUGACCUCUCCUUGGGAUAGUUACAGAAGAAACAUUGUCCAAUGACAAUUUAGCUGCUGAGAGGUACAUCAAAUAAUGAGGAGAGGGGCACUUGUUUAUAUUUUCUGAUUAUGGUUUUAUUUUAAUUAAGAGUAUGCCAUGUGUGCACAUUAUUGCUAUCAUUUGUUUUAGUUUAUUUUCUGUUUUUAAGUCUUGCAGCAGAGCCCCCUCCAACAGUUGGCACCCUCAGCAUCCGUCUAUGUGGGUUAUGUCAAGAGUUGGCCCUGUUAAUGUUAACAUGCUUGUGUAUAGCAGUCUGUGAACAGCCACCGUCUUUAUCAAAAAGCUAGCGAGUUUUUUUAAUCUGCUAGAUUAGACUCCAAUAAGGUUUCGAACUGACUUAUAAUUAAUUCACAAUCAGUUAUAUACUGUUGCUAGCAAAAUAAAAUCAUUCAUUGGACAGUC